AUGGCAGAAAAUGAUGUUGAUAACGAGCUUCUGAACUACGAGGAGGAUGACGAGCCCCAGGGCCUCCCAGAGAGCGGCCCCCCGGCCAACAAGAAGGAGGUGAAAUGAUCCUACGUAUCCAUUCACAGCUCAGGGUUCAGAGACUUUCUGCUCAAACCAGAGCUGCUGCGCGCCAUCGGUGACUGCGGCUUCGAACAUCCUUCAGAAGUUCAACAUGAGUGCAUUCCUCAAGCUAUCCUGGGGAUGGAUAUUCUGUGUCAGGCCAAGUCUGGCAUGGGAAAGACGGCCGUGUUCGUGUUGGCAAAGCUGCAGCAAAUUGAACCUGUGGACGGCCAGGUCUCUGUUCUUGUGAUGUGCCAUAUUCGAGAACUGGCCUUCCAGAUUAGCAAAGAGUAUGAGCGCUUCUCCAAAUACAUGCCCAGCGUCAAGGUGUCCGUGUUCUUCGGCGGCAUGCCCAUCAAGAGGGACGAGGAGGUGUUGAAGAAAAACUGCCCCCACAUCGUGGUAGGAACCCCUGGGCGUACGCUGGCCCUCAUCAGGAACAAGACCCUCAGUGUGAAGAACAUCAAACACUUUGUGCUUGAUGAGUGUGAUAAGAUGCUGGAGCAGCUGGACAUGAGGCACGACGUGCAGGAAAUCUUCAGACUGACGCCUUAUGAGAAGCAGGUCAUGAUGUUCAGUGCAACUCUAAGCAAAGAUAUUCGUCCCGUCUGCCGCAAAUUCAUGCAGGAUCCCAUGGAGGUGUUUGUGGACGAUGAGACCAAGCUGACGCUGCAUGGCUUACAGCAGUAUUACUGCAAGCUGAAGGACAGCGAGAAGAACAGGAAGUUGUUUGACCUCCUCGAUGUGCUCGAGUUCAACCAGGUGGUGAUCUUUGUGAAGUCCGUCAAUCAUUGCGUUGCUCUGUCCCAGCUGUUGGUGGAGCAGAACUUCCCUGCUAUCGCCAUCCACAGGGGGAUGGCGCAGGAGGAGAGGUAGGUGGCGCUAUGGGACGGUGGACGAGUCGUCUCACUCCCUGCUAACCAGGUCUCUGUUAUUGGGACGGUGGACGAGUCGUCUCACUCCCUGCUAACCAGGUCUCUGUUAUUGGGACGGUGGACGAGUCGUCUCACUCCCUGCUAACCAGGUCUCUGUUAUUGGGACGGUGGACGAGUCGUCUCACUCCCUGCUAACCAGGUCUCUGUUAUUGGGACGGUGGACGAGUCGU